AUGCUGGCGCGCGUGAUCGAGACACAGGAGCGGCAGGAGGCCAUGCUCCAGAACCAGUCGAGGCUGCUCGUGCGCGUCGUGGCCGACCUGCAGCGGAGGUGCGCUCGCCCAGCGAGGCAGGUCACGCCCUCGCAGUGCUCGGUGGGGAGCUGCAACUUCCAUGGGGCCGUCUGCCAGAGCGUGGCCGCCCAGGGCUCGCCGCCCAUGAGCGAGGUGGACGACCUGUCGAGGAGGGAGUCGGGGGAGAGCGCGAUAACGCCAGGGGCACGGUUGCGGAUCACACUUUUGUUGGGACGAGGGCACUCCAGUGCACCCGAGUGA